CGAGAGUGCUGAUGGGGGUUAGUCAGGAGAAGCAUCUGCUGUGCUGUUAGCUAAACAUAUCUACUACGGUUGAGGGCAGUUAUUCGGGUUUUGUUCGACAGAGUCAGUGUUGAGGACUCGGUUGGCCAAGAUGGCGUCUGAAAAGCUGAUUUCUAGGGGUAUAAUGACCUUUUACCCCACAAUUGAAGAGUUCAAGAACUUCAACCGCUACAUUGCGUACAUGGAGUCCCAAGGUGCACACAAGGCAGGCCUGGCCAAGAUUGUCCCGCCCAAAAACUGGAAGCCUCGACGUUCGUACGAUGACAUUGAUGACCUACUAAUACCUGCACCAAUUCAGCAGGUUGUGACUGGGCAGUCAGGGCUGUUCACCCAGUACAACAUCCAGAAAAAAGCCAUGACUGUGAAAGAGUUCCGUAAAACAGCCAACAGUGACAAGUUUUGCAGUCCUCGGUAUGAUGAUUUUGAAGAGCUUGAAAGGAAAUACUGGAAAAAUGUAACCUUUAACCCUCCUAUCUAUGGAGCUGAUGUUAAUGGGACCCUGUAUGACACAGAUGUCAAAGAAUGGAAUAUAGGGCACUUGAAUACCAUCCUUGACACCGUGGAGCAUGAGAGUGGAAUCACUAUAGAGGGAGUAAAUACACCCUACCUCUACUUUGGAAUGUGGAAAACCACUUUUGCUUGGCACACUGAGGACAUGGAUCUCUACAGCAUUAAUUACUUACACUUCGGGGAACCAAAGUCGUGGUACUGCGUGCCUCCCGAACAUGGAAAAAGACUGGAGCGGUUAGCCAAAGGCUUUUUCCCUGGAAGUUCACAAAACUGUGAAGCAUUUCUUAGGCACAAGAUGACUCUUAUUUCUCCCUCAAUUCUAAAGAAGUAUGGCAUUCCUUUUGAAAAGAUCACUCAGGAGGCUGGAGAGUUCAUGAUAACGUUUCCAUAUGGCUAUCAUGCAGGGUUUAACCAUGGUUUCAACUGUGCUGAAUCUACCAACUUUGCCACAAGACGAUGGGUUGACUAUGGAAAGCAAGCCAUACUGUGUUCUUGUAGAAAAGACAUGGUGAAGAUCUCCAUGGAUGUGUUUGUAAGGAAAUUUCAGCCUGAACGGUACGAGCUGUGGUUGUCGGGGAAGGACAAUGCUCCCAUUGACCACUCCAAGCCUAUGCCCGAAGCAGCUGAGUUUUUAGGUGGAGAGGCUGGGCAGAGUGGUGCUCAGGAACUCUGCAACGUGAACCAAAGUAGUGAGGGACAAAAAAAGAGCUUGGCCAAACAAAGGAUAGGAACCAAAAGACACAGGGUGUGUCUGGAUUUACCAGAGGAAGUUCUUCCAAAGAGUGAAACAAAUGAUGAGGAGGUUGAAUAUGGCAAGAAGAGCCGCUUGACUACAUACACAGAACAAUGCAGAGAGUAUCCAGAAUUGAAAGAUGAAGAUGACAAUGACCUGCUGCCUCUGAUGGGUUCAACCAGUUUAAAGAUGCUUCCUGGUUCUAGAAGCCCUGCAUCUGGGGAGCAUGUUAGGGGCGCAGGUUUAAGUGUCACAAACCCGUUCUCAGCCUGUACACAGUCCUUCCCAAAGCGUCAUCUCUCUAUAGCAUCUGUCCCUACUGUCCCUCACUGCUUGUCAGCCGUGCCACGGAUUUCCACCAAACCAGGGGUGGCAAGCCUUCUCUUUCAUCGGACCCUGAGCCCUUCAGAUGCCCUGCAGGUCCACAGCUAUGCAGCCAGAUCAGUGCUCUAUAAACCUCAACAACCCAGCAAAGAGAAACCCAGAGAAGACCUCAAUGAGUCAGACAUCAAACCGGAUGUGAGGCCAAAUACGCCACAACCAAACACAAAGCUUGAAAUCGAGGGAGAGAAAGAGAAUAAGAGCAUGAAGAGGAAACUGCAGCCACUCAGUAAAUUGCCACGCUUGCAUCCCCUGCUCAGAGAAAGCUCCAGUGAUGACGAGAUUCAAGAGCCAGCAGCUGAGCCAGAGGAGACCGAUCCCUGGGCCAGACUCCUGGCUCCCAUGUGGCAAAGCAAGCCACGCAACUUUAGAGUUGAGAAGGAUUUUAACUUUCGCAUGGGCCAGCAUCCUCCGUACUGUGCAGUGUGUACCGUCUUUCACACGUACACAGAGGGUGAUGUAAUCAGCCUGAGCCAGAGCGGUUCAGCAGCUGAAGGAGGAGACAUACAGAGGACCAAGCCACUGAUUCCAGAGAUGUGCUUCACCAGCAGCUCUGAAGGACACCUGUCCACCCCGAAUCUGGAGGACGACGGCACUAGCCAACUCGUCAGCUGCUCUGAGUGUAGUGUGCGUGUACAUACAAGUUGUUACGGUGUUUCUCAGGAUGCUAAUCUGGACGAGUGGAGAUGUUCCCGCUGUGAAGCUAACGCCAUUACUCAGGACUGCUGUUUAUGCUCUCUGAGAGGAGGAGCUCUGCAGAAGGCCAACAAUGACAAGUGGGUUCAUGUAUUAUGUGCCGUAGCAGUGCUGGAGGCUCGCUUCGUGAACAUUGCAGAGCGCAGUCCUGUCGAUCUCAGUAAUAUCCCACUUCAGAGAUUUAAGCUGAAAUGCCAGUUCUGUCGUAAGUGGGUGAAGAAGAGCACGGGUUGCUGCGUGCAAUGCUCACACGGCCGCUGCUCCACUUCCUUUCACCCGACCUGUGCGCAGGCAGCUGGAGUUCAAAUGCACCCGGAUGAUUGGCCAUUCGUUGUUUACUUUACCUGCUGGAGACAUAAGGGUGGCAUCCAUGUAGAGCGCAAUAGAGCAUCUAUGCGGGAGUUGGAGAAGGGACAGAAAGUAAUCUGCAAGCACAGAAAUAGCCGAUACUACCAUUGUGAGGUGGUUGAGCUGACAAAGGCCACCUUUUAUGAGGUUAUCUUUGAUGAUGGCUCAUUCAGUGACAACCUGUUUCCUGAGGAUAUAGUGAAUAGAGACUGCAGGCAGCUCGGCCCGCCAUCGGAGGGAGACGAAGUUCAAGUACGCUGGACAGAUGGCCUGAUCUAUGGAGCCAAAUUUGUGUCUGACCAUAUCAUCCCAAUGUACCAGGUGGAGUUUGAAGAUGACUCUCAGCUUACUGUAAAGAGGGAAGACGUGUACAGUUUGGACGAGGAGCUGCCCAAACGCAUUAAAGCCCGCCUGUCUGUGGCAUCGGACAUGCGCUUCAAAGGAGUGUUUGUGGAGAAGGAGGUGAAGCAAGACUCGAAAAGACAGCGGGUGAUCAAUUCCCGCUACAGAGAGGAUUACAUCGAACCAGACAUAUACAGAGCCAUCAUGGAGUAACUUACUCCACAC